UACUGGCGUUAUGAUGAGGCAGAGGAAAGCGAGUUAGUUGCCGGGGGUGGUGUAGCACGACAGAACGACAGCCAUUUUAUAGCAAUAUACGUACAAUAUCAUUUAGAUUUAUCUCCUGUUGGGAAAAUGGGGCAGUGUGGUAUUACUUCUUCGAAGACGGUUUUGGUGUUCCUGAACCUCAUUUUUUGGGCAGCCGCCGGGAUACUGUGCUACGUCGGAGCUUACGUGUUCAUCACCUACGAUGACUACGACCAUUUCUUCGAGGACAUUUACACGCUGAUUCCCGCCAUAAUUAUAAUCGCCGUGGGGACCCUCCUGUUCAUUAUCGGCCUGAUUGGUUGCUGCGCUACAGUGAGGGAGAGUCGCUGUGGGCUAGCUACCUUUGUGAUCAUUCUUCUGCUGGUGUUUGUGACGGAAGUCAUCGUGGUGGUGCUUGGCUAUGUGUACAGAGCAAAGGUGGAAAAUGAAGUGAAUCGCUCCAUUCAGAAGGUGUACGAUGAAUACAAUGGAACCAACACAGACGCCCCCAGCCGUGCCAUCGACUAUGUACAGAGACAGCUCCACUGCUGUGGAAUCCACAACUUCUCAGACUGGAGAAACACUCGCUGGUUCAACGAGUCCCGGAACAACAGCGUUCCGGUGAGCUGCUGCAAACCCAGCGCGGCCAGCUGCACCGGCUCCCUCAGCCGCCCUGGGGAUCUCUACCAGGAGGGAUGCGAGGCCCUCGUUGUGAAGAAGAUGAAGGACAUCAUGAUGCACGUCAUCUGGGCUGCAUUGACAUUCGCCGCCAUACAGAUGCUGGGAAUGCUGUGUGCCUGCGUGGUGCUGUGCCGGAGGGGUCGCGACCCCGCCUAUGAGCUGCUGGUCACCGGAGGGACCUACGCGUGAAGAGGGAGGGCCUGGGGACGCUGUCUGUGUGGGGGGGAGGGGGGUACACACACUCUACCCUUCCUCUCCUGUAGCCACCUGAAGCAGUCCUACCUCUCGGAGUACGACUAAACAACCUCUAAACGACCAUAGGUUUAAGCGGCAAAACAAACAUAUUAAUUUGCGCGCUUCGGAGGCGGGUAUUAUUUCUGUUCAAACCUGUUGUUUUUUUUGUUUUGUUUUUUUUCAGAAAAAGUGCUACAAAAAUGCUGUUGGCCAAAGUCUCUUAACUGUCAGUGAAGUAUGAUUUAAUGUCUGAAAAAUCUAAAUGGCCGCUUAAACUAGUUUUGUUCCGCCACUCUU